CUUUCUCUCUAACACAUUCCAACUCAUUCGCAAUGAAUCAGCAAGAAAAGAAAACCAACCUAAUUUAUUGUAUCAUUUUCUGCUUGAUUAUGUUUAAGCUCCCUUUCAUCAUAAAAGCUGCAUCACAAAGCGAUGAAUUAUUGCCAUCUGGUUGCAGCGUUAGAUGGAAGAAUGAUAAAUUUCAGUUUCAGGCAGGUGAUAUAGCCACUAUUAGGGUUAAAGUAUUGGACAAGCUUGGUAAUGAAAUAAACUAUCUAGCAAAUGGAGCUCUGGUUAAUUUUACCCUUUAUAUAAAUGAUACAAAGGGGAACAGUUCAUUUGUAUCUGGGGUUUCGUCAUCUUUUGACGAGAAAUCUACUUCCUGGAAUAUGACAUUUCUUCCAAUUUUAGUAGGACAUUUUUCGGCAAAUGUCAGUGAGGAUCGCAUUGGCUUCUUUGGUUCUUUGCUUCAUUUCAAUGUUUCAGCAGGGCCCAUUUACUCUUCUGCCUGCGUGGCUUCAUGGAUGGAUUUAGUAACUGAGUUUGUUGCGGGAUCAAAAGCUAAAGUUUUGAUACUUCCUAAAGAUGCAUUUGGGAAUAAUAUAUCUUCAGCAACUGAAGGGAUUGCUCCAUACAUAUUCAACAUAUCGGCAUUACAUAGAUAUGGCAACAAUGCAGAUAUACUCAAUAUCACCUCUAUGGGAUGGAUGAGCUAUGGAUAUAUUGCGAUUGAAUUUGUUGUAGCCACAGCUGGAAAUCUCUUGUUGCAUGUUGAACAUGAAAAUAGCAGUUUGUACAACACUCCACUACCUUUCAUUGUAAAACCUGGAUUACUGGAGAUUUCAAAAUGUUUUGCUCAGUGGAAUUAUGAUACGAAUGGCGUUAGGAUUUUCUCGAAGUUGCAAAUUUUGAUAUAUCAACAAGAUGGAUACGGUAAUACUGUUCCAGGUUUUUAUCUGUUUGAUGCAUCUGUAGUUGAGAAGGCAACGAAUUUGUCCAUUCCUAUUGGAGACAUGUCAUUUGUAGAAGUUGUGCCGGGAAUCCAGUUGCUGUCUUUCACUGUAUCUGAACCAGGGAAUUUCUCUAUAAAUAUUUUUGAUAGUGAACAUGGAAGUAUCUCUAAAAUGCCUUAUGAGUACACUGUCUUUGUAGGUUAUUGUGACAGUGUGAGAAGUGUCGUGAAUGGUUCAGGUUUAUUAGGUUCGGUGGUUGGUCAAGUGUCAUCAUUUUCAGUUUAUUUGCAAGAUGAAUAUGAUGAUCCAUCUCCUGUUGAACUAGAAAGAAUUCAAGUUCAAAUUUCAAGGAAAAAUGAUUCAUACAAUCUUCAACCUAACAUAUCUCCUUUGGUGGAUGCAGAUGGUCCAGAUCCAAAUCAUGAUCACAUUAGUAAACCACCUACUAGUACCGGUCCUACAUUGGUUGGAGGUGCACCCGACACUAUUGGAGGUGUUGAACAUGAUGAGAGUAGUUCUUUUAUCAUCAGCUAUACAACUGAAAGGUCUGGAAGCUAUGACACUCGAGUGUUUUGUGGAAAUAUUCCGUUAAAUGGUGGGCUUCCGUUCACAUUUGAGGUAUCUCCAGGUGUGGUGAACACAUCAAUCUCAAGCAUUGUGAAAUUCUUUCCGGAAGUUAAAAAGCAAGCAAGGAAUGAAAUUCGGAUCAAGCUUGUGGAUUCAUUUAUGAAUCCUGUUCCAUCUCAAAAAUCAAAGCUAAAGCUUGAAACUCAUUACAAAAACAGCACUGAAGCCCUAACAUGGUCAUUUGAAGAAGAUACUGCUGGUUUAUUUGUUGGGUAUUAUCAAGCAAGCAAUCUUGGGAAGCACAAAAUAUGCGUUUUAUUUGAAGAUAGGCCUUUGCUCGGAUGUCCCCUUGAAUUCAUGGUAUAUGAAAGUAAUUACUUCCCAGAAGCAAUUAAUGAUGAUGUCUCAGUUUGGGAGGAUGAGUCUGUGGCCUUUGAUGUGUUAGCAAACGAUCGUUUCUCUGAUGGCACUGCAAAUUUUGUUGGAUGGUCAAAGCCACAUCAUGGAACAAUUCUUCAGUAUGGAAGGUUCUUUCGAUACACACCUCACAAAGGGUUUGUUGGAAAUGAUUCUUUCAAUUACACAAUAUCUGAUAAGAACCUUAAUAUUGCCUCUGGAAGUGUUAUGAUAUUGGUCCUCAUCAGUCCGCCUCGAUUCCUUUCUUUACCUGUUCAAUUACAAGCAGUUGAAGAUACGCUUGCUCCAGAAUUUGGAGGUUUUCCGGGAUUUGAGAUGAGAUAUUCAAAUUCGGUUGAGAAUAUUACUGUCAUACUUAGUGCAGAGUCUGGCAGUGUAAUUUUGUCUUCCAUACCUGUACAAGUGUGGGAGCCAUUGGAAUAUUCUGGUUCUGGUUCUGGGCUUUAUGUCAAAAAUGGUGGAAGACCAGGAGAGGCAUUGAUUUUAGUGGGGCCUGUUGAAAUGAUCAAUUCCGCUCUUCAGUCCAUCAAAUAUCUUGGAAAUGAGAACUUCUGUGGACAUGAUGUCAUCACAAUAUUGGCGAGGAAUACAAAUGGACAGCGAGAAGCCCAUGUUCCAAUUCUCGUUGAACCUGUAAAUGACCCUCCAUGGAUUCGUGUUCCUAGAUAUAUAGUUCUAAAUGGUAUGGGACACAAGGAUGGCUUACUGAUCUUUGACAACAAGACAAAAGAUACAUCAGACAUUUUGCUUGGCGAUCCAGAUAAUGUGCAUUUUCCAGAUCAUAUAUACGACUUCACAGUUCUCCUAACAAUUGAAGUUAGUGCUGGAACUCUGAGUGCUAUCCUGCAAGGGGAUUUUGUUGAUACAACUGAGAUAAAACCAGAAAAAGCAUUUCACUGGCAACCACUUUACUCUGUAGUUAUUAUUGGAAAUAGUUUUGUUGUUGAAGGAAAAGGAAUCAGAUUUCGUGGGAAAUUGAAGGAGUGCAAUAUUGCCUUGCGACAGUUAAUUUAUAAAGGUCCAUCACAUGAUGCCAUUCUAACCAUAGACUUGAAUGACAUGGGUAAUUAUGGAUGCUAUCCGGAUUGUUCAUUAAAGAUCACAGUGCCACUUUCCACAAAGGCUACUAUAGAUCUUUGUGAUAGGAAACCCAUGACUCCACUCUUAGCUUUCUUUUUAGGAGCUGCAAUAAUAAUUGGAUUUAUCAUGACCUUUAUCCUCGGGCUCGUGCUCCUCUUCUUCAGCUGCAAAUGUGCUUUUGCACUUCAGAAGAAUCGUGGAAAUUCAUGCAAUUUAAGUAAAGUGGAACUUGCAACAACCGAAGCUGUAAAUGAAAUGGUGUUGAGUGCAACAUCAUCAGACAACGUGACAUACUUCACUGGCUGUUCAAGCCCCUUCUUACUCAGGAGACACCAUGGUAACUUUCACCAGCGGGAAUCAGGCAGCAAAGAGUAUCUCUCAAACACAUAGUGUAUGACUGAUCAAAGUGAUCUAAGCGCUUUUGUGUGUGUACUUAGUCAUAUGACCCUGACUCUUACAAUGGGAGAUGUACAGAAAAUCAAGUAUUAAGCUUGCAACUUAGAUACAUAAUGUAUAUGAUGCAAGGUGCCUUGCAAUAUGUUUGUUUAUGUAGAUUGAAGGUAACCAUGCCUACAUCAAAUUUAGUGGCUAUCAUUUAGAGGCA